AACUUUCAUUUUAUUCAUUCCCUAGUCCAGUAAACAUGAUUUACUGAUCAACAUUUCCUAGUCUUUAGUUAACAACAAUUUACAAUAAAGUAACAAAAAGUUUUAACCAAAACACAAAAAAAUUAAGGUUUAAUCAAGAUCAAUUCAUGAUUUGUUAUGUUAUGUUUAUCAAGCCACUUUUACCAGCCAAAGAGGAAAGGUUAAAAUGUGUAAAAAUAAUCGCACAGUUAGGAUUAAAAGUGGCCUAACCAAUCGACCACCGUCAGGCAUUGAUUCAGCCUCAUCACUAAAUUGUUUAUGCAGUUCAUCGACAGCCCAACCAAUGGAUUGUUCAUAUCAUCCUCAUCCAUAUCACAAUAAACAUCACACUCUUGACCCUAACCGAUUGACUCAAGCUCAACCUAAAGGCAACACUUUGCUGCACCGAAAGUUGCCCAAUAAACGGUUUAACCGUCAACUUUGCGAGUCACUUUUGUUAACCAAUGGAGUAAAAUCAACUAAUUGUGAUCUUCAACUGGAAUCAUCUUUAACAACUCUUAAUCUCAAACAUUACGGAUUAAUUUUCCUCUUCUCAACCCUACUUUACAUCAACACAAUAGAUGCUGAUUUUGCAUACGAUGACAGUCGAGCAAUUAAGACAAACCAAGAUGUUCACAUGGAAACUCCUUGGACUAAUUUGUUUUACAACGAUUUCUGGGGAACUCCAUUAACUCACAGUGGUUCCCAUAAAUCAUAUCGACCUUUAACCGUAUUAACCUUUCGCUUAAACUAUUACUGGCAUCAAUUGAACCCCUCUGGUUACCAUUGGGUUAACGUGAUUCUUCACUCUCUGGUCAGCCUGCUCUUUGCCCACCUAACAACCUUCAUCUUUCCCCACGACACUGCCUCUUGUCUCACCUCUAGUCUAUUAUUUUCAAGUCAUCCCAUUCACACUGAAGCUGUUGCAGGAAUUGUUGGUCGAGCUGAUUUAUUGGCUGCCUUAUUCUUUACCUUUUCAUUGAUAACUUACAUUCGCUAUUGUUAUCUAGCUGAUCACAUUAAUCAGCCAACAAUUGUUUCCUCACCAAAAUGGACAAAAUCAUUGGUUAACCAUUCAAGUCACUUCUAUCUGUACACAUCGUUAAUUACCGCAGCAUGUUCAAUGUUAUCCAAAGAAUAUGGAAUCACAGUUCUCGCAGUUUCUGCCCUCUAUCACAUUGCAAUUCACCAUAAAUUAGCUUCUCAUCACACAAUUAAAAACUUGUCAACCCUUUUAACAGAGGCAAAAUAUUCUGGUCUCCGUGAAGGUCUAUUUCAUCUAAUAGCAAGUGCCAUUCUCUUGAUAACCUUUCGCCUUUACAUUAUGGGCUUAAGCACACCUCACUUUUCACCGGCCGAUAAUCCAGCCGCUGAAUCGAGCUCCUUCUUUACUCGAACUUUUACCUUUCUCUAUUUGCCAGUCAUCAAUUUUAACCUGCUUUUGUAUCCUCGUUGGCUAUCCUUUGACUGGUCAAUGGAAUCCAUUCCUUUGGUUAAACAUGCAACCGAUUCGAGAAAUUUAAUCUCCAUUUUGUUCUAUUCAUUUUGUGCUCUUUUCACCCUCAAAUUGUACAAACAUCAAUCUCAAUGGGCAGACUUUCAGUCCACUUUAUCUUCACACCAAGGAUCAAGUUCAUCCCAUGAAACUGAUUCAGUCAACAAUGCUAAUUAUCCUUUUGCUCAGUCAAAGUUUUACGGCAAAAGUAAAAUGAGAUUUCCAUCAAAGAAUCAGAUAAAUAGUGAUCACUGGUUAACUCAAUCCUGUGAGACUGAUCAUUAUGUAAACAGUGAAUUUCGCUGUUCUUCAGAUUGGCCAUUGUUCGCCAAUGGUUCAAAUGAUGGUAACAAUCCCGUGCCUCGUCCUUCAUCUUCUUCAUCUUCAUCAUCGUCCUCUUGUUCUGCUAAUGAUUUUGAUGGUAAUCCAUUUGAUUCCAAACUAAUAAUGAUGAUAAGCUCAUCUAGCAAACUCAAUUCCAUUCCAUCAUCAAUUCCUUCUUCUUCUUCAUCAUCAUCAUCAUCUUCCUGUUCAUCUCAAUAUCAUCAUCGAUCAUCACAUUCAACUUCAAUUGAUUGUCUAACAAUAUCCUGGUCACUAUUAAUAAUUCCUUUCAUCCCAGCAACCAAUUUACUUUUCUAUGUUGGCUUUGUUGUCGCUGAACGAAUACUUGUCAUACCUUCAAUGGGCUUCUCGCUUUUAAUCACACUCGGCUUUAAUUAUCUUCUUAAACACCUAACAAUUAGAUACUCAAUCAACCGUAAAUACCUUUACUCAAUACUGGCACUUCUCAUUGUCACCUUUUCCUUGCGCACUGUUCAGCGAAACAAAGAUUGGAACUCUGAAGAAGACCUUUAUCGUUCUGGGAUUCCCAUCAAUCCACCAAAAGCUUACGGUAAUUUGGGAAACAUUUUAAGCAACAAAGGAAACAAAGUUGAUGCAGAAAUGGCUUACCGUAAGGCAUUGACUUAUCGGUCCAACAUGGCUGAUGUACAUUACAACUUAGGUAUUUUACUUCAAGAUCAGGGUCGUUACCAUGAAGCCUUACAGAGUUAUACGUUUGCUGUUAAAUUUAGACCUCGCCUGGCUUUGGCUUACCUCAACAUGGGCUUGGUGUUGACUCGGUUAGGUCGCAAGUCUGAGGCUAUAAAAGUGUAUCAACAUUGUACUCGUCUGGAUGGGUCUGGCUUGAAGGAUCCCAAGACUCAUGAGUCGACCAAAAUUUCUGCCUACUUUAACUUGGGUCAACUGUAUACAGAUGAGGGUCACCAUGAGGAGGCAAUUAAAGUGUUCAAAGAGGCAAUUCAACAAAUGCCGGCCCAUUAUCAGGCUCAAUCCUUGUUCAACAUGCUUGGUGAAGUUUAUUAUAAACUGGGUCGAUAUCCGGAAGCUGAAAAAUGGUACAAGCAAGCUUUGACCAUUAAAAAAGAUCAUGUGCCAGCUCAUUUAACCUAUGCCAAGUUACUAGCCAAAUGGAAUAGACCGGAAGAAGCAAAACAAUGGUUCCUUAAGGCGGAAAUGUUAGCUCCAAACGAUUCAAGUGUUUAUCAACAUUACGGUCAAUUUCUGGCUGAACAUGGUAACUUUGAUGAAGCAGCCGAUUGUUUGGUUAAAGCAGCUCAUUUGUCACCCAAUGAUUAUGAGAUUGUCUUUGGAGCAGCCAAUAUACUUCGUCAGGCUGGACGCAAUCAACUGGCUGAACGGUAUUACAAGGAGGCAGUCAGGCUUAGACCCAAUGAGGUUACAAGCCACAUGAACCUUGGUGCCAUGCUUCACGUCAAUGGUAAACUGGACGAGGCCGAGUCAAGCUAUUUAACUGCACUUAAACUUAAACCUGAUGAUCAGUUAACUCAGAGCAAUCUUGCCAAGUUGAGGCAUUUGUUGAGUUCAAGGCGUUCAAUUGGAAGCUAAUAUUGUAAAUAAUUAAAAUUGUUUAUCUCAUGAAUUUCAUUGAACUCGCCAAAUGUUAUGAAAACUUGCAACAGUCAAACUUUGAACGCACUCAGUCAAUACAAAAUAAAUUUAUUGAUAAUUUAAUUAACGCAACAAGCAAAUAAAUUGAAUUAGAUUUAAAUGUCAUUUUAAAUUUUUCUUAAUAAAAUGAAUUUCAAAC